CCGUUACAUGCUUUCACAGGAUGUGAUAACCAAAACGAGGUUGUCAAAAAGUUUCGAAAAUGGCGACCGAUAUGAAGUUAAUAUUUUUGGUCGUUCAAGGGAUUGUGCUAGUUUCUUCAGCAUCUUACGAUCCUUUAAAGAUAAAUCAGCCGAGUAUAUCCCUCAUUACAGAGCUGAAUGGAUACAUUGGACUCACGUCAGGUGAUGGCGGUGACGUACACGUUAACCCCGGCAGCAGUGGAUCCGUAUAUCUAGACGGGGAGGACCUUCUUUAUAUUAUUCAGAUGAUCGAAAGUCAGCCUCCAGUAUGGGAAGGUCGUUAUGGGCCCGUAUCUGAUAUAACGCCCUAUGGAUACCUAGGGGAGUACAAGGCCGGGCAAAGAGUUUAUGAGCAACUCAAAGCUGUGGAUCCAGAGGGAAUGUCAAUCACGUACAUGAAAGUAGCCGGGGAUUUCCCACCAGGCGUAUCCCUUGACCAAAAUACCGGAAAUAUCACGGGAAUUAUUCCUGACGCCGACGCAACUUACACAUUUACGAUUAGAGCUACCGAUGCGCAUGGGAAAUUUGCCGACAAUAAAUUCAAAAUGGUCGUACACGGUUACAAUAGAUGUUCAGCAAACCCCUGUAAACAUGAGGGACUAUGUACAGACAUGAUGGAUUCUUUCUCAUGUGAUUGCGUCAGACCGUAUGGAGGGAUUACCUGUAAUUUAGACUGUAGAAGUAAUCCUCUUGGCAUACAGCAAGGCCUAAAGUAUGUGACAGAUGCCCAGAUGACUGGUUACAAUAUGUUAACAUCCAGCUCGGCCUCAUCAGGAAGAUUAAACGCCGGAAUUGGAUUCCGUGGAAUUGACGAGCAGUCUUACCUGCAAAUUGAUUUCGGAAAUACAACUGAUAUCUACAGAGUAGACACGGAUUAUUACAGCAGUUCCUACUAUACUCAAUAUUUCUACCUACAAUACAGCAUUGAUGGCAAUAACUUUUACAACUACACCGACUAUACCGGCACAACACAGAGGCUACGUGGAGCCACAUCAAGCAGCAGAUAUUCGCAGACGCUACCUAGUGUUCUAACAGCGAGAUAUGUGCGGAUGUUUCCGUUGCAAUGGAAUAGAAGUUACAGGCCGUAUUUCCAUGUCGAGAUGUAUGGUUGCUAUAGCUACUAAAAAUAACUGAAGUGGAAUAAUAUCGGAUCUCGAAAAAAGCAAGAAGAACACUUUGGAGAUAAAGAACAAUUUGUUUUGACCAUAAUCUACCAUUAAACAACAAAUAACAGUUGAUUUAUUUAUAACAUGUCAUAUUAUACCAAUUAGAAAAAAGAAUGUGUAUAAAAUAAAUCAUGUUAUAAAAUUUAA